CUCUCUCCAUCUCCACCUCCCUCCCUCCCUCCUUUACUCCGAACUAACUCAUGGUGGCGGUCAUUCCGCAUGCUCAAGAUUUCCAAUCUGCAACCCUAAAAGCCACUUCCUCCACCACCACCUCCACCUCCACCACCACCUCCUCGUUCCGUGACGCGUCCAGGAUUAUACCGCUGCUGUACAAACCCCCAAGGCUCGCGGACCGGCUCUCUCUCGAAAGCCCCAGAGUCGAACUCGGCUGAACCUGCAGCUUCAAUGUCUCACAAGUCCAAGAUGCUGGGGCUGGUGCUGCCACCACUUCUGCUGCUGCUGCUCCUGCAAGGCGCUGAGGGCGGGGCCGAGUCUGCCCCACGCUGCACCUGCGUCUCGUCCACGAGUGAACGAAUCUCCCCGCGUCUGUUUCGUCGGCUCGAGAUUCUGCCCCCGAGUUUCUCCUGCGCCAAGACGCAGCUUAUAGUGGAUCUGGCCAACAGCCUUCAGAUUUGCCUCGACCCUCAAGCGCCGUGGGUCCGCAAAUACCUCUCACGUGUCCUGCUACAGAGGUCCAAGGCUAAUCACGGCACCACCUCCACCACCUCCUCCUCUGAGCCAUAGAGGAGCUUGC